GUCUGCUGGACGGGAAACUGCACGUGUGUUAGCGGGAGCUGCGGAGCACUCAGGCGGACUGUUGUCGUUGUUGUUGUUGUUGUUAUUUAUCGGUGUUGUUGUUCAGAGUUACAGCCGCGCGGGGAACGUGUUUCCAUGGUGAUAACUCCCGCAGAAAGGCGGCUGUCGUGCCUGUCGCUGCUAGCUGAUGCUGUGUGGUUAGCUUAGCCGCUCGGUGCUAGCCCCGCGGCAUGCCGGGACCGCAGACAGCCGGACCACCGGGGGACCCAAACGGUGGAUUAUUCACUUAAAUCGGAUUAUAAAUAUGGAUUAUGAAUUCCCGCGGCAGCUUUUCCCGUCGUUCUUCAACUCCGGCCCCCCGGCGGCCGUGCACGCGCACAGCGUCGGCGGCUGGGGCGCGUACGGCGGCGUCAGCCCUGCAGCCGGAGCCGCGCACGGCGGCGGCGGGCGGCUGUGCGACCUGAGCUUCACCCCCCGGCGUCAGGCCCGGGCGGAGACGUGGCUUCCUGCCGAGCCACUCCCACUUCCUCUGCUGUCCCCAAAACACGGGUUCCCGUGGCCUUCGACGCCUCCGGACCCUCAGGACUUCAGUCAGCAGAUGGAGAACUUCUUCAUGGAUCACUGGCUGGACGCCUUCGGCUGCAUGAGUGACGUCCUGUGGAAGGAGCUCCGCUUCAAACCCAAAGUCACGCGGAUCAGAGGGAAAGGAGCGCUCCCGGGGCCAAAGGUCAGGCGCUGCAUCGAUGCUCUGAGGUUUAAGAAGUGUGAACUGACUUACGCCCUGGUGGACACGGACGUGUACAGCGACCUGCUGCUGGACGCCGUGCACGACGUGCCGCCGGCGCUGCUGGGCGAGCUGCUGCACGAGGAGCUGAGCGAGCAGCGGGACCGGGCGCUGUUCUCCGAGGCCGCCACAGGGGGCGCUCUGGCCUUCGUCCCCUUCCCGCAGAGCGGCGGGGGCGGGGCUUCACGACGCGGCUGCCUGCUGUACCCCGCCGGCCCGGCGUCCGACCGCCUCUACUUCCACAAGGUGGCGCUGCGGCAGCAGGGCGGCGGCCCGUCCUUCCUGGACGCCGACGGCAGCAAAGCGCUCCGCUUCCAGACGAGCGGGCCGGUCGCCCAGAUCAGCAGCGCCGCCCCGCUCAGCCGCUGCUGUGUUGCUGUGCGCUCCGCUCACAUGUGUGGCUUCUGGACGUUCAGUGAGACGGACGAGCCUCGUCUUCAUCAGGCCGUCCACAGCCAGCAGAGGGUCACCUGCAUCUGCGUCAGCCCUCAUGUUCCAGGUGAAGUCCUGCUGAGCAGUGAGAGCGGAGCCGCCAGCCUGUGGACCGUCGGCAGGGGGACUCAGGUGUUCAGGGCGGAGCACACUAACCUGUACUUCAACGCCCAGUCCAGGUGGAGGUGGGUCCAGUUCUCCGCCCACCCGAGGGUGAUGCUGUACGCCGACAGGACGGGGGCGGAGCUUACCGACAUGAGGGCCAGGUGCAGCAGUCACACUCUGUUUCGGAUCAGCAGCACGUCUGAGUGUAAGAGGGGGGAGCGGGUCGUCCUGUCCAGGUACCUGGCCGACGCCCACCCCUUCCACCACCUGGUCACCACACAGCACUCGGCGUACGUCCUGGACGAGCGCUUCCCCUGCGUGCCCGUGCUCAAGUGGGAUCACAUGAUGGAGUCUCCGCCCAUGUUCUGCCACGUGCUCCCUGGCUCCUCCCCCGGCGGCGUGGUGGGCGGGGCUAACAGCACCAAGCUCCUGCUGGGCUCCCAGAGGGCCCAGGAGAUCACCCUGCUGCAGUACGCAGGUGGCAGGUCCGAGGCGUGUGUGACUCGGGGCCCCCCCCAGGCCCUGCUGAGGCCCCGGGACAGCCUGCAGCAGCUUCCUGUGCAGAUCCCUCACCGCCUCGCCACGGCACGCAGCCGCCUCAGCACACCUGCUGCAGGUCUGACGAGUUUCCAGACAGUAGAAGAAGAAAGCGGCGAGGCGUGUCUGUGCGUCCUGCAGCUGACGGAGGCCGGAGACAUUUUCUACCAGAUCCUGCAGCCUCGGCCGCCAGAGAGCAGCCGAGCCGCCAGAGAGCGGGACGAGGCGCCGCCGCCGCCGCCGCCGCCGCCGCCGCCCGGCGCCACCCAGAGCACCAACCUGUCGGACUCUCAGUGGCCGGUGUCGAUAUCAGAGACGUCCAGCGACGAGGGCGUGGUCGGACCGACGCAGGCCGCCGCCACGCAGUCGCUCGUACCUGAAACGCCAGAGCGGGACCAGCAGGAGGCGACAUCCGAAUCCUCCUCAGACGAAUCAGAGGCCAAAAUGCGGCAGCGGCGCCUGAAGCGUUUCGGUCUGGACGUCGUCGUCAACGAUGAACCCGAGCUCGAGGCGACGGGCAGCGUGGCGGACGACACGGAGGCAGCGACAAAAACUAAGAGCCGUGAUGUUGAGGAAGCCGGCGCGAAUCAGCGACCGCAGAGAGACGCCGCUGAUGCCGACGGGGCGGGUGGAGUCGGCGCUCCUGACGGGCGGCGUCCCGAGGAGCUCAGCCAGGACGCUCUGCUCCGGUGGAAACGCUGGCUACAGAAACUGAUGCAGAAGAGCCGCGAUGACAAGCCCCGCCCACGCAGCCUGGAGCACGCCACGGUCAAGGCUGAAGACCUGCUGGGGCCGCCCGGGGACGCGGCGAGCUGCCCGCUGGACGAGGAGCGUCUGCAGGACCUGCGGCGAGACCUGAGGCGCUGCAUGACCCGAGGCUCCCUGCUGGUGCACGCCGCCACCGGCCUGCCGCCUCCACAAGCCGUCCCCGUGCCCGACGCCGUAGACGCCGCCGCCUGGCCCGACGACCUCAGCCGGCGGCUCACGGUGUCGUGGCAGGGCGACGCGCGCUGGAAGGCCUGGUGGGAGGACAGCCUGGGGCUGAACCGCCAGGCCAAGGAGGCGGCGCUGAGGAGCAAGAGGAGGAGGCAGAAGGAGAGGCGGAGUCAGCGCCUGGAGCUGUCGGGCAGCUUCACCUCGUCCAUCGGCCACCGGGACCUGGACGACUUCUCCGACUCCGCGGGCUGGUCGUCCGCCACCAGCCAGGGGGCGUGGUCCGACUCCGAGGGCGGCUUCUCCCAGACGGAUGUCUGGUCGGAGCCCGGGACGCCCAGAGCCGCCGCAUCGACAGACGCAGCGCCUGCAGAGGCCACACCCAGCAGCCUGCCGCCCGCCGCACAGCCCGCCGCGCCUCAGACCGCCUCGCCACCCGCCACACCUCAGGCUGUCUCACCGCCCGCCACACCUCGCAAACACCAGACCACUGCGCCACCCGCCUCGCCGCCCGCCGCACCUCAGACCGCCGCGCCGCCCGCCACACCUCGCAAACAGCAGACCAACCAGGCCGCCGCGCCGCCCGCCUCACCUGGCAAACAGCAGCAGCAUCACCAGCAGGGGGCAGCGGCGAGCAGCUCAGUCGCACCGAAGGCCGGCCCGGCCGCCCGGAAGACCAAACCUCUGAAUGACGACUACCUGAGCUCUGUGCUCGCAUCACAGGAGUCUUCGUCCUCGCAGCCUCAGAGCUUCUACCUGGAGGAGGUGAGCUCCAUGGACCUGGGCCUGCCGUCCUUUGGCUCCGCCCCCUGGCGCUCCUCGUCCCAGCGGAGCCUCAGGCCUGAUCUGUCCCGGGACGGGCCCCGGGCCCAGUCGCUCUCCCAGUCGCUCUCCCAGGGUUCUCUGGGGCGCCCGGGGCUGUCGCAGUCCUCCCAACCCAAGAAGAAGAAAUCUCGCAUGGGAUUUUGAGAGGAGGGGCGGGGCUUGUUGCUGUGCCAGACGCAGGUCACAUCAGGGUCACGUCAGGGUCACGUCGGGGUCACGGGACGACAUGUUCACUGCUUUUUCCUCUUGUCUCUGUGUUGUGGAAUACUUUCCUUUGCCAUGUGAGAAUUUGGGAGUUUUUGGAGUUUUUGGAGUUUUUGAAGCGUCGUCGCCACGGAGACCAACAGGAAGUCUGUCCUGCGUCUCGGGCAGGACGCUCAGCUGGACGGACGGCAGGGAUUAACUCUGAGGACCUGCUCUGUUCGGGGGGAGGAGCCGGCGUCCCGUCGGAGGAGCCCGGUGCUCUGAGGAUCCUGAGGAGGUUCUGGAGGGACUGGAGCAGGAUCUGAGCCGCAGACCAGCCAAGGUGGAUUUGGUAGGAAAAAUGGAAUUUAUUUUCCUACUUCCUGUGCGGUUCACUUUGCUGUGUUGUGACACACACACACACACACACACACAGGCUCUAGCCCGGGAUGGGACGUCCCAGUGUCAGGUAACUUGGUGUUUGAGUGGGACAGCUGGAGCAGGAUUCCUCACAUGGCAGCGACACGGGACGUCUGCAAAAUCAGAAAUACAGCUCCCAUAAAGGAACAUUUCACUGUUUGUAUUGGAAACGAGAUGCAGAUGAGAGUGUGUGUGUGUGUGUGUGUGUGUGUGAGAGAGAGAGAGAGGGCUCAGGGUGUCUGCUGGAUUUAUUUUUGUAUUAUUUCGUUGGAUCUUGGCGUUGGUGGUGUGUUGACGCUGCGGGGCGACCGGCCACCGAGCAGCCAAUCACACGUGACCUUUCAUUUCUGCUGGAGCUGAUUAAUUGAUGAGAAAAUGUGAUUAGAAUUCUGAUCAUGUGAUUAUCAAGUAAAAACCCUUUUCUCAGAACGUCGAUGCUCUGGCUGUCACCUGAUUGGCUCUGAGGUAGCCACGCCUCCGUGAGCUGAUUGGUUGUUUGAAAAGAAAAGUUUCCAACAUGAACUUGAUUGGAUGAUUUCAUGUGAUUUAUUCAGUUUGCAUGAAGCUCCUGCAGGAGGUUUCUGAUGUAAACGGGACUUUGUGAAAUGUCCCUUUAGUUUUGUCUGGGAAUGAGGCAGCUGGUGUUUUCACAGGACAACAGAAAGAGACAGAGACAAUGUAUUAAAAAUAAUAUUUUUUUAUAAGAUUGUUUUAGUACAUGUGACAAAAAACAAUAAAUAAGUUAUUAUCUACAAA